CGACAUCGGUUCUCUCCCGGACAUGACGGGUGGUCAGAUGGGCGCAGAUGGCCAGGACAGCACCGACAUCAUGGCCCUGCUCGACAACAACAUGCUCGGCUCCAUGGGCGACGUCUCCAUGGGCCUCGACGCGGUCGACGAAUCCAGCAUGACUGGCUCAUUCGGUGGCUCAAAUGCGCAGACAUCGACCGAAGAAUCUGUCGCGAGAGCCGAAAAUCAAUUCAAUACAGCUGCGAACAACGUUCCUGGCGCGGGGCCACUCCCUGCAGGUCCCUUUGCCCAGAUGAACCUUACAAGCGCCGCCAGCACUCUGACCGAGUUCACCAAGCGGAGAAAUUGGCCUGCCAAGGUCGUGGAGGAGCUCAGAGACUUUUUGCAAAUCCUCGAUGCCAACGGUCGCAUCAAAUACGCGUCACCCAGUAUUCUCAAUGUGACAGGGUACAGUGUGGAGGAGAUCCAGGACAUCUUCCUCAAGGACCUAAUCCACCCAGAUGACCGGGGCGUCUUUGUGGCCGAACUCAAUGAGUCGAUUGCAUCUGGAAACCCGCUGCGCCUGUUCUACCGUUUCAAGAAGAAGGAUGGAAAGUUUGCCAUUUUUGAGACAGUAGGCCAUGCUCAUAUUGCGGGCUCCAAGUUUGCGCCCAACCCCAACAACCAGUCGCCCUUCUGCCAAGCUGUCUUUAUGAUGGCUCGCCCGUAUCCCACAAAGAAUGCCGGACUUCUCGACUCGUUCCUCGAGCACAAGAUCGAAAACGAGCGACUAAAGCGUCGCAUUGCCGAACUUCGUCGCGAGGAAGAAGCCGAAAAUGACGAAGCGCAGAAGCAGUGGAUGCAGAGCCAGGAAGGUCGCUCAGAUGUGACGCCUUCGGAAGGAACUGGGGUGUCAUCCAACUUCUUCCGCCCAAGCACCGAUCGAGGUCUCACAGAUGCGGACCGGGCCGCGCUGAACAAGUCUCUAACACGAGAAAACCUCGAGGGCGCAGCCGGGAGCCGACCAGACUCGCUCAAUGACAAGAUGGCGCGAUACGAAGGGGCAUCGCAUACCGAGACGAUCGAGAUGCUGACGGGCUUACGGUACAUCGAGGGUGAACGGAGCCGAGGAAUCACAACUGGCAACGCCAGCCCGACCCUGAUCAAGGGCGAUGCAGGCAUUGCAAUUCCCUUGGAACGAGACCCACGCACAGGCGACAAGAAGAAGAAGCUCAAAACUUCGGAGGAAUAUGUGUGCACGGACUGCGGAACCCUGGAUUCACCAGAGUGGAGAAAGGGACCGAGCGGCCCAAAGACUCUGUGCAACGCCUGUGGUUUGCGAUGGGCCAAGAAGGAGAAGAAGAGGAACAGCAGUGUUAACCACCACCACGCACCAGGGCCGGCGAUAGAUCACUCGAUGGCUUGAGACGACGGC